GCGCCAAUUUUGUCUUCCAACAUUUCGGUACUCAAAUGUUAGCAAACCGCAACCGUCAGUCGUAACACUUGAGCGACUAAGGCUUAAGGCGACCUUUUCUUGAGUUUAUUCCUCCCGAAAAGGGGAAGUCAAUCCCGGGAAGCGUGUGACUACUUCUCUGGCGGUCACAUGACUCUCGGUGUCAGCUGUUGGGAUCCGAUGUCGGCCGGAGAAGCCCCGAUCUUCGCCGGGGUCCGCCGAUGAUCUCGUCCCCGGACCUUCUGCCUUUCACCGGGCCGGAGGGCUUCGGCGACAGCGAGGAUGGCGAGGCGGAGGGAGAGCGCGGAACGGCGAGGGGGCUUCUUCCCGAGGAGCUCUCCAUCCCCGACGCGAGCGGCGGUGGGCACCCGUGGAGCUCCGCCGCCGGUUUUCACAGGGACUUCGUGCUGGUGGCCGAGUUCUCCGAGGAGGUGGGGCCUACGCCCGUGAUGACCAUACCUGACGAGGCGGGCGCGUCGGGAUCCCUGGACCUGAACCACUUCUCUGUGCGUAUCAUGUCUGUGGACUACCAGGCGUCAAGCCCGGGAGGCCCGCCCUCCUCGGGGCCUCGGCUAAACUUCAACGAGGACUCCGAGGUGGUCUUGGGGGACUCGGCCGACUGGGUCUUUGCCUACGUACGCCACAUGACCCUUCUGGACCUGUCGGCCCGCGGUAUGGUGCGCCCCUUCUGCAUGGCCUACGUGUGUUCAAGCCAGGCCAAGAUCAUGGACAACUUUGGACGGCUGUCGGCAGGAUUUGGCCUGGCUGCCGACAGCCUCAAGACUGGAAACCGGCAGACCUUCUCCUUGGAGCUGCACCGCAAGCUGCACCAGCUUCAAUACCAACGCUUGGCGCUGCUGCAAGAUGACAGCAUGAGCGGCGCGGGUGAGCAGCUGGAGGCGGUGGAGCGAGCCAUCGCCACGCACAAAGAUCUCCUCCGCCAGGUUACUUCCUACCCCAACAGGAAGCUAAAGCAGCCCGACUUCUUGCCCUACGAGCCGGCCGACGUCUCGACGGACGCCACCUCCAUCCCGCCUCCUCCUCCACCGGCAGCCCACCUCGCCGGCUCCGAAGGUCGGCUGAAGCCAUUGCAGGAACUCUGCAGCGCCUACUUCCUGUCGUUGAUGACGGAGCAGCUGGCGCAAACGGAGGUCCGCCUCCGCGGCGACGUCACCGCCCUGCGGAGCGCCGGCAUCACGCGUGCGCUGAGCAGGAAGCUCAGACUGACCAACUUCCUCUUCGAGCAGCCUGAGGAUGAGGAAGAGGAGGAGGAUGGAGAGGAAGCGGUUGCGCGGGAAACAGGAAGUCGGCCGAGCUCCCAGUCCUCCGUGGAGGCGAAAGAAGAAGAGAUGACGGGAAGCGCCAGCAGCGGAGACAGCAUACAAGUCAUCGGCACGGAGAGAUCCUACAAAACACUCGCCUCGUCCGCCGCGCCUGUCACCUCGUCUUUGCUUCCCGGCUCGUCCGAUCCUCUGGCCGCGCCUCUCCCCUCACUCGAUUCGUCUCUCGCGGCCGUCUCGGACCCGGGGCCUCGCCGCCUUAGAGUCUACGCCGGGAGGAGCAACAGCGAAGACAGCAUCGAGGUCCUCAGUACCACCGAGUCCAUCGUCGUCGAAGACCUUGCCGCCAUCAGCGAGGAAGAAGAGCCCAUCAAAGAUGAGAAAAGAGAGGUUACGGCAAAGGACGCUGGAGCGGGUAGCGCUUAUCAAAUGCUGCCCAAUCUCCCGGCGGAGCCGUGCUCUUGGCCACAGAGCGUGGACGAGGUGUCGGACGGCGCCGGCGAGACGCGCGCGCCCCACCGGACGCUCUCCUCGGACAAGGCGGGACUGCGAGCGCAGCGCUUCGUCAAGCAGAACUCCUUCUCUCGGCAGGUGGUCUUCUGCCUGCUGAGCGGCCGUCCUCUGGUACUGCUCUCGGGAGAUGGAGACAAGCUGCGGAAGACGGUGGACGCCCUGGCGCUCUUCCUGCCGGCUCCCGCCGGCGCCGUGAUGCCGUGUUUGAGCGCACCGCUCCAGCUGAGCGACCUGCUCACGUGGAGGCUGAUUGGAUUCCACAGGUCUCCGUCCUCGGGCCCGCUUCACUGGCUGAGUCGUUACAGUCGCUACCUGGCCGUGCUGGACUUGGACCAGAGGACGCUACGCUGCCAGUUGUACUCGGGUUGGCUAGCGGGCUCCCUGGUGGGCUCGGCCGUGCCCGCCGGCACCUUCCUGCUGCACGUGCAGAGCGGCCUGACGGCGCUGGCCAAUCGGGCGCUGCUCUUCACCUUCGCCCGGAGAGGAGACAAAGACGACGGGCUGGAUGACGGCGACCUGAGCGUGAUGCGUUUCCUGUCGGAGCUCAUCAAGCGUCAGCACGCUGCUCGCGGACCGCCGGCGCUGCGUUUCUCCUACGUGGCGCUGUAUGUGCACAAAAACACCACUGCUGUAUAGACUUGCAAAGGGCUGCAACGUUGCCGGGACGGAGCGGCAAUCAAAAAAAAAACAACAACAAAAACUGUGC